UCCUCCGCCUGCUCCUUCUCCUGUCAAAGCCGCCCAUCUCAUCCGAGCUGCUGUCAGGCAGCCACCUCUCCUCCUCCCGAGGAGGCCUGAGCAGGUGAACCCAGGUGCAAAAUGGGUGAUCCCAGAGAAAUUUGUCCUCACCUGGAUUCCAUAGGUGAAGUCACUAAGGAUGAUCUGCUUCUUAAAUCCAAAGGUACUUGCCAGUCUUGUGGAGCAGGGGGACCAAACCUGUGGGCCUGUCUUCAGGUUUCCUGCCCUUAUGUUGGUUGCGGGGAAUCCUUUGCUGACCACAGCACCCUUCAUGCACAGGCCAAAAAGCACAACCUGACAGUAAACCUGACAACGUUCCGGGUAUGGUGCUAUGCCUGCGAGAAGGAGGUUUUCUUGGACCAGCGGUUAUCCUCCCACACACCAGUCCCUCCAUCAAAAUUCAUGGACCAGGAUUCUCCUCCACCCACCCAUUCCCUAAAAGCUGUCCCCAUCGCAGUUGCUGAUGAAGGGGAGUCGGAGUCGGAAGAUGAUGACCUGAAACCGAGAGGCCUUACUGGAAUGAAAAAUCUUGGGAACUCCUGCUACAUGAAUGCUGCACUCCAGGCUCUCUCAAACUGUCCCCCACUCACUCAAUUCUUCCUUGAGUGUGGCGGUCUCGUGCGCACGGACAAGAAGCCAGCACUUUGCAAAAGUUACCAUAAGCUGAUUUCCGAAGUGUGGCAUAAGAAGCGCCCAAGUUAUGUCGUCCCCAGCAGCCUGUCGCAUGGAAUCAAGCUGGUUAACCCCAUGUUUCGAGGGUAUGCGCAACAGGACACCCAAGAAUUUCUACGCUGCUUGAUGGAUCAGCUCCACGAAGAGCUGAAGGAGCCAGUCAUGGCCGAGACCCGGGACUCCGACUUGAGUGACAUGGAAGACAAGCGGGAGUGUGACCGCAGCCCCUCAGAGGACGAGUUCCUCUCCUGCGACUCGAGUAGUGACCGGGGUGAAGGGGAUGGGCAGAGCAAAACUGGGAGCUCCCUAGCAGAGGCCGAGCUGCUGAUCCAGGAUGAGGCUGGGCGGGGGAUUUCUGAAAAGGAGCGGAUGAAGGACCGGAAGUUCUCGUGUAGCCAUCGACGGAGCAACUCGGAGCAAGUGGAUGAAGAUGCUGAUGUUGACACCUCUGUGGCAGCAGUGGAUGGCAGGGCUUCCCCAGAAGCGCUCCCUCCUUCCACACCUCAUCCAGCCAGCCCCUCUAGGACCCCAGAACCAGACAAUGAUGCCUACACACGGUGCUCCUCUCGGCCCUGCAGCCCCGUUCAUCACGAAGUGCAUUCCAAGCUCUCGAGCAGCCCCCCACGCUCGAGCCCUGUGCGUCUGGGAACCUCCUAUGUGCUGAAAAAGGCUCAGAUGUUGACUUCCAGCAAGAAGAAGAAGGAGGUCCGUUACCGCAGCGUCAUCUCUGACAUCUUUGAUGGCUCCAUCCUCAGCCUAGUCCAGUGCCUCACCUGUGACCGAGUGCGUUCCCUUACUGCUGCUGAUCCAGGGAAAAUGGUAUCCACCACUGUGGAGACAUUCCAGGACUUGUCGCUUCCCAUCCCUGGGAAGGAGGACUUGGCCAAGCUGCACUCUGCCAUUUACCAGAAUGUGCCAGCCAAGACAGGAGCCUGUGGGGAUAACUAUGCUGCCUCGCAGGGCUGGAUCGCCUUCAUCAUGGAGUAUAUCCGGAGGUUUGUGGUGUCCUGCAUCCCCAGCUGGUUUUGGGGCCCGGUGGUCACCCUGGAGGACUGCCUUGCUGCCUUCUUUGCUGCAGACGAGCUGAAAGGUGACAACAUGUACAGUUGUGAACGAUGUAAAAAGUUGCGGAAUGGAGUCAAGUACUGCAAAGUUCUCCGGCUCCCUGAGAUCUUGUGCAUUCACCUGAAGCGUUUCCGACAUGAGGUCAUGUACUCCUUCAAAAUCAACAGUCACGUCUCUUUCCCUUUGGAGGGGCUGGACCUCCGGCCUUUCUUGGCCAAGGAGAGCAUCUCGCAGAUCACCACCUAUGACCUCCUCUCUGUGAUUUGCCACCAUGGCACAGCUGGCAGUGGGCACUACAUCGCAUAUUGCCAGAAUGUAAUCAAUGGCCAAUGGUACGAAUUUGAUGAUCAGUAUGUCACGGAGGUCCACGAAACAGUUGUGCAGAAUGCAGAGGCCUAUGUUUUGUUCUACAGGAAGAGCAGCGAGGAGGCUGUGCGGGAACGGCAGAAAGUGGUCUCACUGGCGACUAUGAAGGAACCUGGGCUGCUCCAGUUCUACAUCUCUCGGGAGUGGCUCAACAAAUUCAACACCUUUGCUGAGCCAGGCCCCAUCACCAACCAUACCUUCCUCUGCUCCCAUGGAGGCAUCCCUCCAAAUAAAUAUCAUUAUAUUGAUGACCUGGUGGUGAUUCUUCCCCAGAACGUCUGGGAGUAUCUCUACAACAGGUUCGGUGGUGGCCCAGCUGUCAACCACCUCUACGUGUGUUCAGUGUGCCAAGUGGAGAUCGAAGCCCUGGCCAAGAGGAGGAAGAUCGAAAUUGACACUUUCAUCAAGCUGAACAAGGCCUUCCAGGCCGAAGAGUCUCCUGGAGUCAUCUAUUGCAUAAGCAUGCAGUGGUUCCGCGAGUGGGAGGCAUUCGUCAAAGGAAAGGACAACGAACCGCCUGGACCAAUCGACAACAGCAAGAUUGCUGUGGCAAAAGGCGGUGGUCACAUGCAAGUCAAGCAGGGAGCCGAUUAUGGGCAGAUUUCUGAAGAGACGUGGACUUACUUAAGCACAAUCUACAGUGGAGGCCCCGAGAUUGCCAUCCGGCAGAAUGUGGCCCAGGUGCAGGAGGUGGAGAACAUGCACGGGGAGCAGAAGAUUGAGGCUGAGACCCGGGCGGCCUGAGAGACAACGGACCACGUGGGGAAGAUGUUAAGGGAGAAUGUAAGAGAGAGAUGGGAGAGCAGAGGGCGGAGAAGGCUGAUUUGUUUUCUUAGAGGCAAGGAUCAUAACUUUUCCUCUUCAAUAGGAUCAUGAGACAGUCACAAGUUUUUGCAAACUAGAUGCUUUAUUAAUCUGCUUCAGGUUAAAUUUGGAGGCUCUGCCUCAGAGCUCUGUACGUGCUCCCGAGUGCCUUUUGAACUCCUUAAGUGUUUGUGGAGCACCAAUACACUCAUUUCAUCUUAGCAAGGUGUCUCAAUCCUUUUCUGUGCAAAGCUGUUCUGGCUACUGAAGCCCAUAUUCUUUGGGGUUUCCAGGAGCCCAGGGCCAUUCUGGAUCUGGGAGACAUCUAAGGCCUGCAUGUCUCUGGACAUUUUU